CGUGCGGCCGCCACUCGCCUCCUUCUGAAUCCCGUAAGUGUGCGCAAUGUAUCCACAACAGGACUAAUAUCCACCUUUUUUGGAGCGUCUUCUUUGGGGGAAGAGAAAUUCCGACUGCGCGGCGUCCGGAGAACUUUUGAGAUUCAAGAGGAAGCGUAGGAGGCGGGAGGUGGUAGAAGAGGCUCUGCUGGAGGAUGAGUCUGUUGGAGGUGAGGCAGUUGGCGGGCUCGCUGACGCUGUCCCUGUCCAGCAAUGACUCCAAGGAACGCUGCUGCGAGAGCGACCCGGACAGCCUCCGCAGCCGGGCCAUGUCGCCGGACCUGAGGCAGGACUUCAACAUGAUGGAGCAGAAGAAGAGGGUCACCCACAUCUUGCAGAGUCCUGUGUUCAAAGAUGAGCUGGAAGGCCUGAUUCAGGAUCAGAUGACCAAGGGCAACAACCCCACAGGUCUCCUGGCCUUGAGGCAGAUAGCCGACCUGGUCAUGGCCAGCACGGUGGGAGGGGCCGGGCCCUUGACAUCACCCAUCAGCUUGGGAAUGGUGUCUCCGAUCAAUGACUUGUAUGCUGUGGAGUCCCCAUCCUUUGCCAAAGGCGAGAAGCCGAGCCGCUGCAAGCUGGCCAGCCUCUACAGGCUCGUUGACCUUUUCAGCUGGGCUCGUUUCACCAGUUCCUACAUCACUGUGCGUGUCAACAAAGAACAAGACCAUGUUCUGAUCAGUCCGAGAGGCCUUUCUUUUGCUGAGGUGACCGCAGCAACUUUGGUAAAAGUGAACAUGAUCGGUGACGUCGUGGACCAGGGCUCAACCGACUUGGGCAUCGACCACUUCGGAUUCGCCCCUCACGCCGCCAUCUACGCCAUGCGGCCCGACUUGAGAUGCAUCGUCCACGUCCACACGCCCGCGACAGCUGCCGUGUCCUCCAUGAAGUGUGGAAUACUGCCCAUUUCCCAGGAGGCCUUGCUCCUUGGGGACGUGAGCUGCUUCGGUUACCAUGGCAGCCUGGAUAAUAAAGAGGAGAAGGUGGAGUUUCAGAAAGCUCUGGGCCCGACUGCCAAGGUGAUGAUCCUAAGGAACCACGGGCUGCUCGCUUUGGGAGAAACCGUAGAGGAAGCCUUCCACUACAUGUACCACUCACAGCAAGCGUGCGAAAUCCAGGUGCAGGCUUUGGCGUGCUCGGGCGGCGUGGACAACCUGGUGCUCCUGGACAGGGAGAAAUUCAAACCCCUUACACAGGGUGCGGCCGCUGCCGGGGUGCCCGUGAGCAACGACUUCAAGUGGAAAGUGGGAGAGGCCGAGUUCGAGUCCCUGAUGAGGAUGCUGGACAACCUGGGAUACAGAACAGGCCACUCGUACAGGAAUCCCAUCGUCCGCGAAAAGCCCCGAUCCAAGAAUGACGUGGAGAUCCCCGCCACGGUGUCCGCGAUCCUGUCGGACGACGACGACGAAGCGGCGGGCCUGCGCAGCCCCUUCAAGUUGAAGGCGCAGAGGCAGCAACGGGAGCGGACGCGCUGGCUCACCUCGCCCAACAGCUACUUGAGGGUGAACGUGCCGGACCGCUCGCCCAGUGGCGACGUCAGCCCCGGAACCAAAACAAUGUGGAUGAAGUCAUCAGAACCGGGCAAAAGCAAAGGCACCCCAAUUAAGAUUGAAGACCCCAACCAGUUUGUCCCGCUCAACACUGACCCCACGGAAGCGCUGCACAAGAGGAACCGGAUAAAAGAGCAGCACAGAGGCGACCAGAUGACGUCGGGUCCAAAGUCCCAUUUACUGGCCGGCAUCGUUGUGGACACCAUUCCGGGACCAGCUUUCAUCACAGAGGAUGAAGGGCUCACUCGCUCUUUACCGCCCAAUCCUUUCAACCAUCUGACCGAGGAGGUGCUGGAAGAGUACAAGAGCCUGGUGGAGCGAAAGCAACUAGGCCAAGACGAAGACGAAGAUGCCACAGAUGCGGACGAGAUGACCACGUUCGAUGGCUCCACAAUCUCACUCUCCCUUUCUCCCAUCAUGACACCAAUCAAGCUAGACACGAUAACCAACGGGAAAGACCACUUGUCCGAUCUGGACGAGGACCUGAGCCUGGAGGUUUCCAAGCUGAGCGUGAGCGCUUCAGAAUCGCUGCAAAUCUCCAUGAGUGUCAAGGACAAGACCCCGGAGGGCAAGAAGAAGAAGAAGAACAAGUUCCGCACGCCUUCCUUCCUGAAGAAGAGCAAGAAGAAGGAAAAGAGCGAGGUGUGCGCACAUUAAUGUGGGGGGGGGGGAAAAAAAGUGGCUCUUAAUGCUAAGAUGGAGCCGCCUUAAUACGAAUGAGGGAUGUAAACAAGUUGAGAUUUUAGUGCUCGUUUGGCAUGUGUGUUUUUAUGAAUGGGCGUUCAAGAGACAAACUUCUGAAGCUCUGAAGAUUUUUCCUUUUGCACAAAUCCCUCGUAUGAAUGUAUCGAUACGAGCACGCCCGUUGGUUGUGUAAUGGUGGCCGGUAAUAUACAGUCAACGGCCUUAAAAGAAGUACGAUUUUUGUAUCUCAAAAGACAUUCCUGAUUAAACUGUUGUGUUGCUUUGUAACGGGUGUGGGGAACCUUCGGCUCACGGGCCAAUAGCGCCUCGGAAAAGUAAGACUUCUUUGCUCGGAAAAUUUCGAGUUCUGUCUCAGAAAUUCAUGAACUUGUUUGAGUAAUAUCCAUCCAUUUUUCGUACCACUUCUCCUCACGUGGGUCGCGGGCGCGCUGGAGCCUAUCACAGCUAUCUCCGGAGAGAGGCGGGGUACGACCCUGAACUGGUCGCAAGCCAAUCGUAGGGCACAUAUAAACAAACAACCAUUCACACCUAUGGGCAAUUUAAAGUCUUCAUUUAACCGACCGUGCAUGUUUUGGGGAUGUGGGAGGAAACCGGAGUAUCUGGGGAAAACCCAAGCAGGCACGGGGAGAACAUGCAAACGCCAUACAGGCGAGACCGGAUUUGAACCCGGGUCCUCCGACCUGUGAGGCAGAUGUGCUAACCAGUCGACCACUGUGCCGCUUCUAGUAAUAUGAUUUUAUUCUGGUCAAUUUAAAAAAAAAACGCAUUUUACUUACUAGCUCUGUCUUUUAAUAUUUAUAUUUUAGUCUCAUAAAAUAAUGACUUUUUCUUGUAAUGUUUCCACUUAAUUUUCAUAAAAUUACUUUUUUUUUUCUAGUAAUAUAACAUUAAUAAAUCUGGUAAAGUUAGCCUUUUUUCUUGUAAUAUUAUUUCUUAAUUCUUAGGAAAUCAAGAAAUGUUUUCAUGUAAUAAUUUGACUCAAUUCUUUUAAAAUUUGCUUCCAGUAAUAUUACAAGUUUAUUCUGGCAAAAUUUAUAUUUAUCGUCAUAAUUUUACUGCUUUAAUUGUCAUCAAACGAAGACUUUCGUAGAAAUGUUUCAACUUAAUUCUCAUAAAAUUACUUUUAUCUUGUAAUAUGAGAUUACGCUGGUAAAAUUACAUUUUUGCCUCAAUAUUAUGACUUCAUUCUCAUAAAAUUAGGUAAAUAUUUGUUUUUUAUUUGAGUCUCAUGUUUUUUUAAUUGUGGUUAAACCUUUUGUUCUCAUGUCAUUUUAAUUCCAGCAAAAUUGAAUAAAUGUUUUUUAAUAAAAUGCAAUUAUUCUGGUAAAAUUAACAAUUUUAUGAGAGUCAAGCAUGAAUAUUUUUUUUUUCUUCUUUUUUUUUCUUUUUUUUAUAACCAGAAUAAAUGUGUAAUGUUACAAGAGUAAAUUGAUCAUUUUUUUAAGAAUUAAGUUGAAAUAUGAGAAAAGAAAAUGCAAUUUUUCUUGUAAUAUUUCAACUUAAUUUUAAAAAUGUGAUUUUAGUUUAUUCUGAUAAAAUUAUUUUCUAAUAAUAUUGUUAAUUAAUAAAGUUGGGGGGGGGGGGGGGGGAAUAUGCAGUAAUAGUAUGAGAAAACAAAUGUAAUACUUUUACCGGAACAUAAUCUUGUUUUUUCUUGGGUUUUUUUUACACAAAUUAAGUCAAAAUAUGUGUAGUUGCUCAAAAUGUUUACAAAAUACAUUUAACCCACAAAUGCUCACAAUGUAUAAUAAUAAGCAUUUUACCAUCUAGUUGCAUAAAUGUAUUAUGGCCCGGUGUAGGAAAAGGUUCCCCAACCCCCGCUUUGUAUUCUAGCUAUUACAUAAUUGUGUGCUGUCGUUAAAUGAAGUUUGCCAAUAUGUUCCCACUAAUUCUAGUACUAAAAAACAUGCUGUGAUGAACUCUAUGGAAGAAAUAAUAGUCAUAGUUGCUGCUUUAUUGUUCUAAUGAAGCUUAACAAAGCAAUGCGGCUUUUUUUGUUUUUGUUUUUUAACGUGGCCUACAAUGUGAAUGUGUCGACCCAAAAGGAGCGAGUUGUUUUGUAAAUGCGUUUUUUGGUACACUAAAACUAUGAAAUGUUUCCAAAUGUGACAGUACAAUCCUAAUAUGUCGUUUUAACACCUCUUUUUAUUCAUGUUUUUUAUUAUUAUUAUUCACAUGUUCUGGAGCAGGCACUGUUGUUUGUGUGGUUAUAUUUGGACAUUAUCAUACCACUUUUUGAGAUAUAUUUGAUGUUGGUGAAGAUGCAAACACCUCCAGUAUAAAAUAAAGCUUUGUAGAACAGCA